AUGCAUUCAAGGACUGUCGUAGAGCCGGGCUACAGGGCCUUAACAGAAUCGGUGCCAUGGCUACAGACGAUGACUAAUCCGUUCGGAUUUAGCGUGUAUUCGGACAUGUGUGAGUUUACAGGGCAUGUCAGGACAGGUUGCAGACGAGGCCAUUCGGGUAUGUGUGCUCUAGUGGACCUCGGCAUUGCCUUUUUGGCCAAGUCGCAUGCCUGCCUCUGA